AUGGACGUCGAAGACCAAGACUCAAAACCUGAAGACCAAGAUCCCUACGACUGGCAUGAUCUCCUCGAAUCGCGCGUACACACCCUCUUCAAGAUCCGCCCAGGCCCUCCAGUCACACUGACUCCGACCCACCUCGCCCUCACCCACCUCCUCCACCGCCACCGUGCCCGCUGUACCAGCUGCCUCGGCAGCCGCCAACACUACCAAUCUCGCCCGCCCUUCUUCCAAGCCGUCGACGCCAUGGCCAAGCUGACCCUCACCCGUCUCGGCGUCAUGUCUCAAUCCCGCCUCCUCAAAUACCUCGACGUCAUCGCCCGCGACUGGAUGUGCCGACGCUGCUGCCGUUCCAAGACGGUACACACCGAAAAGCGCCGAAUUGCAUUGACCUGGGUCCGCGAACUACGCCGUGUGGUCGCCAUGCUGACCCGCAUCAUCAACCUGCACGAUGAAACUGCUCAUCCUGAACAUCCUGCCAUCGACCUCACCCGCACGCCGCCGCCGCGAUCUCACGACAAAGCGACCACCUGCGUCAUCUGCACGGACGCUAUUCCCACACCCGCCGAAGAGAAGACCUGCUUCCAAUGCAACAAUGUCAUCCACCAGUCGUGCUUUGAUCAGUACUGGCGGUCUGAAGAUCUGCAUCAGUUGCCUACGCUUGACAGUAAGACGGAGAAGGAUGUUCUUCAUCUGCCGUGUGUGUUCUGUCGAUGUAUUGUGCUUUCAGUUUCGAGGAGUGAGGAGGGGAGGAAGGCUUGGGAGGAGAGGAAGAGGGAGACGGAGAGGCUGGAUGAGGAGUUUGCGAGGAGGUUGCAGCGGGAGGAGGAGCAGAGGAGGCGGCGUGGGAAUGGAGGCGAGGAGGGAGUGGAUAAGGAGAAUGCGGAGCCGGAGGUGGGAUCAGGAGAGGCGGGUGGGUGGUGGGAUCAGGAGUAG